CCCGAGUAGCAAGUUUUAAGCAAAUCCGGUUGAAUUUUUAUUUUUUCGUCCGCCAUAUUGGAUCCGCCAUUUUGGAUUUUCCAAAACGGACAUCAAAUUCGUAAUCAGCGACCCCAAAAACAGCGGGAUACGAAGUUCUGUUGUAAUAAAAAGUUGUUUGAUAUUCAUGACUCAAUGAAUUAUGUUAUGAAAACUUUAAACGCGUUUUUCUCGAAAACUCAUUUUUCAAACUAGUACAGAGCUUUUCUCGAAAUCUACCGAACCGAUUUUGAAAUCCCAAAAAAUUUUCGAUUCUUUAUUUAAAAAACUGGUGCCUAAACCUCUAAAAACUCAUAUUUCUACCGCCUGUGUUUUUAUAUGGAGGUAAAUUGACCCAAAAACACGGCGUUUUUGCGAGUUUUUGAGAAAAAUGUACAUAUAAAAUAAAAAAACCUUUAAAAAAAAUCGUUUUUGAGGUUUAGGCACAAGAAUAAAUCCUUAUGAAGAGAUUCCCGUUUAGAACUUGAAUUUAUGUAUUACAGGUUGCCCGGAAUCUAACGUACCAAAAAAAAGGUAUCUUUUGGAAGACGCCACCUACAGCUAUGUAAUUGAACUAAAUACACUCAAACAUAUUUUUUAAAUUUUCUCUACGCAAUGUGCUACAAUGUCCAAAAAUAGUUUUUAAAUUUCUUUAAUACUGUUCUUACAAUAAAAGUUUUAAAACCUUCCUUUUUUGUCAAUUCUAAACCAGAAAGUCCCCUUAAUGUAAUUAGAAGCUAUAGGCAAAAAGCAGCAUGAAGUUAUCUUAUGUAGCUCAAUACAUCUAUUUUAAAGAACAAUAGGUUUCAUAUAUAUCGCUAAACUAGAUCCCGAGAUUUUGAUUUUUGCUCGAUACAUUUCAUCUAUUCGACCGUCGCCUGCGAGCAUUUUUACUUAAAUUAAAAAUCGGAUAAUUGCUAAUUAUUCUGUUUCUAAAGAAAUAAAACUUCUUGGGCAACUUUUUAAGGGAGAUAUCUACAAAUUGAGAGUCAAAUUAAUAAAUUGGAUAAUCAUUCUCGUUUUCGCAAUGACCAAAAGAGUUUCAGAAAUCGUUCGUGUUCUGCUAAUAAAAAAUGUAAUUUUUAGUAUCACCAUAAAUUUAGUGAAAAGGCGACGAAAUGCAAAAAAAUGUGUUAUUAUUCAGCUGGCUCGAAUAGCAACAAUAAACAGUCGGAAAAUUAAAAACCAAUCCCCGUUCGGAAACUAUUGGUUUUGACGUAAACUCUAAACGUCUCCACAUUCGCGUUAGAAAAUCUGUAUUUCUUUUUUUCAUUUAUACCGGGUCUGUCAUAUCCAUUAUCUCUAUACAGCAGAACUUGAAGCUUUAUCGGACUAAAUCUAUUCUUUACGCUGCAAAUCAUUCGAAAAUCCUAACUUUUGUCGUUAAUUAUUGUAUUUAUGAGAGAUAUGAAUUGGAAUUUCUGUUUACCGGCAGUACUAAUUUGGCGAGGGAUUGUGAGGUUCGAAAGGUAUUGUCAUGUAGUGUUUCUACCGUUAAUUAUGAGGUUGCUUUUGCCGAGAUUUUAGCCAAAUAUCCCAAAGUUAUAGGGCCUGAGCAGGACAUUUAAACAACACUGAAGAUAUUUACUAUCAUGUUGUGACAAAUGAUCCCCUCUUGCUGAGCGCGUUUGUCGCCUCUCUCUAGAGACGUUGUUGUCGACGUUUAAACACUUCCCGGGCUGCUUCAACUUAACGCCGUGACUUAAUCAGAUAGAUACCCAAUUCCCCAUUCACACGACUUCAUUGCUAAUCUCGUGGGAAGACCAAUAUCUUUCGUAUGGAAACUGUAAAUAAUAAUUCUUACAAAAUUUACCUGUCCGAGCUCGCAGAAACUCAAUCUGAUAAUGGUUUAAAAAAGCAAUUUUCAACUGAGAAUGGUCUAUUAGACUGAAGAAGUUCGUUUUGGGCCCAAAAAAGAUCAAAUUAUUUUGUGAUACAAAUUAAGGUCAUUUAAUUUCUGAUUCACUUCGAGAAAAGGUAUUUGAAGUAGUUAAGAAUAAGAAAACGAAUAUGAGACAAUUUUGUUUCAUCAAUACAUAUUUAACGUUAAAAAAUGUUUUUUGUUAAAAUGUUUUGGAAUAUUAGUUAAUUGCUCCGCCCAUAGUUGUCCACUAACAAACAUCAUCAAUAUCAUAGACAUAUGGACAUGUUGGGCAGCUGUUUUCUUCGACCAAACAUCAAGUACAUCAUGGAUAUGUUCGGAAGACCUUGUCGCGGUGGAUGGGCUUAGCACUAAAGGAAAACCAGAGACAGCAAAUCGACGGUUUAGAGUGCAAACCUGCUAAUUCACAAUUAUAAGAAUUUUUAGGUUAUAUUCUUAUAGAACAAAACUUUCAGUAUAUUUAUUUUAUUAAUAGAAUAACACAAUGCUACUUAAUAAUAAUAAGUACUUCCUUUUGAAAUAUAUUUUAAUUAAUAUCUCUUUCACUCAAAAUAUAGACACAUUUCAAUACAAUACAAUAUAUUAUGUCGAGUUAGCAGUGCAAUUUGACAGGUAUGGAGUUAGUUGUUUUACUAACAACACUUUUUUAGCAAUUUAUAGACAUAAUUUCUUCAAACUGUUUUACUUGGCUGAUGUAUCACCUCUUUAUCUAUCAAAUACAAGAAGAAUCUCAAAUUCGAUAAAAAGUGGAGUUAGCAGGUUUGCACUGUAAACCGUCGAAGUUGAUAAUGAGUGAUUGUAAAAACAAGGAGUCCUUGCGGCGUAAUGAUUUGGUAAUGCUUGUUCCAGAGCUCAGUAAAGUGCAGGUGGUAUUGUAUUGCCUUACUGAGACAGUUAGUAGAGGAGUAACGAUCUUAGAGCCAAACAAGCGUGGUUUAAAGAUGGUUAUUGUAGUCACUAACUUGGAAGAAGUUGAAAAGUUGGGACGCAUACAGGUGGACUUUAUGUCGUGUCCAAUCAGAAGAAGAUGUUUGGUUGUUACGUGUAAUAGGUGCCUUUUUACGGACAUAUAGGAAGAGUUUUUGAGGCGGUAAACAGAUCGACUGCGUGCUAGGGAUGGCAAAGUCGACUUCGACUUUCGACUAAAGUCGACUUUCCAUUUUUAAAAGUCGACUUUUAGUGAUCGACUUUCAAUUUAAUAAAGUCGACUAGAAUCGACUUUGCAGUGUCGACUUUCGACUUUUAAGUUUUUUUCAAAACCAAAGCAAAAUGACGCCGGAUACGAAAACGGGUUCGGAAAAGUUGAGUUAGAAAAGGAGAGAGAUAAUAUCUGUCUAUACUGCUAGAGAGAGACUACUCUGAUUGGUCGGUCAAAUCUACUCCAUUAUUCUACAACCCAGUAUCAGUAACUGCACCCUGACCACUCGCUCGCUUUUAGGUUACAUUGAAAAUAGGACCUAAGGAAGUUUCUGCCGCGAAUCGCGAAAAAUCUUAAACAAAAGAGUGUCGUAUAGUGAACAAUUAAAAGUAAACAUAUUUAUCAUGUGCAGUGAAUAAAUUAAUAGCCUAACGUCUUAGAAAUAAAGAUUAAAAUAUAAUUUUAAACAAUGGCACCGAGUGCUGUUUGGACAUAUUUUACAAAAAUUGACAACAACACUAAAGUGAAAUGCGGAAAAUGUGGUAAAGAAAUGAAUUUUAACAAUAGCACAACAACAUUAGCAAAUCACUUGAGAACAGCACAUAAAAUUACCAUUGAAAGACAAAUUCCUACAAAUGUAAAAAGAAUUCGGCUCUCUUCUGUAGAUGAAGCAAACAUAAAUGUUAAUCCUCUGUCUUCUCAAUCUUCAGUUAAUAAGGAGCUGGUGGAUACAGAGAUAUUGCCGCUACUAACGCAUUGAUUUUUAUGAUCGCUAAAGAUGAUAUGCCAUUGCGUACUCCUGAGCGUACUGGUUUUCGAUAUUUUGUAAAAAAAUUACAACCACUUUUUCAAAUUCCAUCCGAAUCGACUCUCACAAGAAGACUAGAAAAUAAAUAUUGUGAAUUGCGAGAACAAUUUUCUUGUCUUUUGUCUCAAUCACCAUCAAUUUGUUUAACUGCUGAUAUUUGGACUCACUCAAGUACAAUGAAAUCAUAUUUGGGAGUUACAGCUCACUUCUUAGUUGGUAUGGAUAUGCAGUCAAUUGACCUUUGUGCAAAGCUUAUUACAGAUAGAAAAACAAUCGUUAACCUUCGAUGCAUUUUCAAAGAAAUUUGCCAAGAGUGGAAAAUUAAUUAUGACAAAAUUGUGGCUGUUCUAACCGAUGGUGGAGCUAAUAUUGCUGGAGCUGUUCAAGAAGAGUUUGGUGCAUCAAAGCACAUCAGCUGUCUUGCUCAUAAGAUUAAUAAUAUUGGUCAAGCAUGUAUUGAUCUUCAUGAGAAGAAGCUUCCUUCGGAAGAAACGAAUUACAGUGAAGUUCCUGAUAAUGAAGAGGACUUAGACAAUGAAAUUAAUGAUGAACAAUUAGCUGAUUUAAUAUCGAAAACGAGUAACAAUUUUAUAAAACAGAUUAUUUUAAAAGUAAAGCGGAUUGUACGAUUUUUUAAAAAGAGCGAAAUUGCUACUUCCGAAUUAGAGAAACUGCAAAUAGAGUCUAACGUUGAAAAUAAAACAACGUUAAAAUUAAUUCAAGAGGUAAAAACAAGAUGGAACUCUUGUUAUGAUAUGUUGGAAAGGUUCCUCUUAUUAUCAGGAUUUGUCACUGUUGUUUUGAUGAAUCUUCAGCGAAACAGAAGUUCAAAAAGUAAGCCUCCUAUCAUGUUGACUGCUGUAGAGUUGGAAAUUAUGCAGGAGGUAAAAGACGUGUUGAAACCACUUUGGCAGGUUACACUUGAAAUGUCUUCCGAAAAAAUUGUAACAUUAAGCAAAUGCAUACCCCUGAUCAAUGCAAUGAGAUGCAAAAUUAAUGGAAUCGAGACAAGAACUAAAGACGGUUUUAAUUUUAAGAAAAAGUUACAAUCUUUAGUUGAAGCAAAAUUUUCAAACGUAGAGUUUGUAAAACCGUACUCAGCUGCGACUCUUCUUGAUCCAAGGUUUAAAAAAGACGUAUUCACUAACAUAGUUGCUGCAUCAAAAGCAGUAACACAUAUUGGUUCAUUGGUAUCAGAAUGUAUUGGAGUUGAUUCUAGAAAUCUAGUUCAAAAUUCUCAAAAAGUUUCAAGCUCAGAGGACAGUCUUUGGUUUGAAUUUGACCAGUCAGUGAAAGAUAAGGUCUUAAACGCUGAUCAAGAUGUUGCUGGUGGAAUCCCAGUGGAAAUGAGACAAUAUUUAAAUAGACCCAUCAUUAAUCGUAUAGAAAAUCCUAACCCGCUAGCUGCCUGGGCUGUUUUAAAAGGAGAAUAUCCUCAUGUAUAUAAAGUGGCGCUUCAAUUUCUACCGGUUUUAGCCACCUCUGUUCCAGCAGAGAGACUUUUCUCUCAUACAGGGCUAAUAGCGACAAAACUUAGAAAUCGAAUUUCUGGAAAGCACCUAGAUCAACUAGUAUUUAUGCGUAGUUUGGACGAAAAAUGGUUUAAUUAGUUGUACUUAAAAAGAUAAUGUUUAUAAAUAAAUGUUACAUGUUUGAUUAUAUGUAUUACAAAUAUAAUAAGUUAAUUGCACAACAUAAUACA